UUCCCCCAUUAUAAAUUGUUGUGUAGUCACAGCUUUUGAUUAAAUCGUAUUUUUCUACUCUACGUGUCUACGUGAUUGAACUAAAUUACAUUCUGUUUGUUUGCGUUAUUAUUACAGGAUUUCCUUUUUGUUGCAAACUUUUGUUGUUUAAUUCAAACUGGUGAUUUCUUAAGUCGAUUAGAAUUACAAUAUGCGUAUUACAGUUACUACACUGUCUGAUGACAUAUUCAACUUGGAUGUGUCUGAGGACUUGGAAUUGGAAAAUUUUAAAGCAUUUUGUGAAGUUGAGUCUGGUAUUCCAGCAGCAGAAAUAAGUUUAGUUUAUAAUGGACAAGUUAUGAGUGAUGGAUCAAAGAGUUUGAAGAAUCAUGGUUUAAAAGAAGGGGAUGUUGUUGUCAUACAGAGGCAAAGAAUUACCACCAAUCAGCCCCAAGAUCCUUCUCUGAACUUGGACUUCAGUGCUAUUCAGGUUCCGUCAUCUUCCAGGGGAAAUAGAAACACUAAUCGGGGCAAUGAAAACGACCCAGUUUUCAUAAGAGACAUGUUUCUAGCUAAUCCUGACCAACUCGCCCAGCUCAAGCAGAAUAACCCUCGUCUUGCUGAUGCACUGCUAUCAGGAGAUUUAGCUCGUUUUACUGCGGUUUUACGUGAACAAGAAGCUGCCAGAGCAGAACGAGAGAGACUUCGAAGCCUAAUGUCUCGUGCUGACCCUUUUGACGCCGAAGCUCAACGGCUAAUUGCCGAUGAGAUUCGUCAGAAAAAUAUUGAAGCAAAUAUGGAAGCAGCUAUCGAAUACCACCCAGAAUCAUUUGGCACCGUUGUUAUGCUCUAUAUAAAUUGCAUAGUAAAUGGACAUCCCGUCAAGGCUUUCAUCGACUCUGGAGCUCAAACUACAAUUAUGUCUUCAGCUUGCGCAUUAAAAUGCGACAUCCAUCGCUUAGUUGACAGUCGUUGGGCUGGUAUUGCUAAAGGUGUCGGAAUUCAGCGUAUUGUUGGACGCAUUCAUAUGGUCCAGAUCCAAAUAGGAGAUGACUUUUUACCCACUUCGUUUUCAAUUUUGGAAGAACAACCGAUGGACAUGCUGCUGGGAUUAGACAUGCUUAAACGCCAUCAAUGCUUGAUUGAUUUGAAACGCAACCUCUUGGUCAUCGGAACUACCGGAACCGAAACGCCGUUUUUAUGCGAAAAUGAGCUUCCUGACUGUGCCCGAUUAUCUGGCCCACGUUCUGAAACCGAAUCUUCUUCUGCGGUCGAAAUGGAAGAUCACGAACUCGCCAAGGCCCUUCAAGAGUCGGCAUUACCUGAUCCCAGCACUCAACCUCAGGCCGACAAAUUCACUGAAAAACAAAUUCAAGAUUUGGUAUCUAUGGGAUUUGUCCGUGAACAGGUGAUUGAAGAGUUGCGACGUUUCAACGGCGACGUUACUCAGGCUACUGCUGCACUUUUUGCUAAGUCUUUAAAAUUUUAAUUUAUUGGUCGUCGUCAUGUAUUUCCAAAUUUUUUCUUUCGAUAAGAUACAACAUAUCGGGAUUUUCACAAUAA